UGCACCGACCGAUUGCAGAGUUCACACACAUCAUAUCACCACCAAAUCGGAAUAUAUAUUUUGUAUAAAUAGAACAAUGUCUACUAUGGAUAACUUUUUCUAUAAGGUGCAGCGGAAACAUCCCACCAUUCUGGACGACUUGCGAGCAGUUUUCAAAAACUCGCAAAGUGAUUCUCCACAGCGUUCAAUAACUCUAUCCCAAAUACGUGCUGCCUACAGUCAACGAACUGGCCAGGACUUUCCCGUCAAGGGUGGCACGCGAACCCAAAUGUGUUUCGUCCUGACAAUCCCUUAUGUUGCCUGCUUCACCAGUCAAAUUGGCACAUUGCGAUUCUUCACCAUCGAACUGAACCAGGAAUAGGGGGUAAAUUCAACACCGAAGUCUAGUCUGACCCGUGCAAUUUCUACAGAAAAUUAAUAUUCUAUGAAUAUAAAUUGAUAAUAAUGAAAUAAAUAAAAUAAGCUAUUUACACGACCUUUUUUGAGAUGACCUAUUUCAUUAGGUCUUAAGUCGGCUAAGCAAGUGAAACCCGGUAUUCCCGAUUUACACCGAAUAUAUGGAGCACAUUAUACUGACAUAAAAAGAUAACGCAAUAACUUCUUUAUUAAAUUGAUGACAUUAGCACUUUCUAGUUGUCUGACCCCAGAUAAUGACGUCUGAACGAAGUUUU